AUUAUUCAGUUAUUAGAUUUCUGGAUUUAUCAACUUCUUGUUUAAAAUACAAUUUUUGGCUGUCUUCCUAGUUCCUAGAACUGCAUAACUGGGAUAUAAUACCGGUAAUUAUUAUUUUGAAUCAUGGAUCCUGAAGAUCUUUCGAUCUAUGAACAGUCUGGCAUUGAAUCAGAGCUGUAUCCAUCAGAAGAACAAUCGGUUGGACCAAAUAAAGUUCAGGAAUUGAUAGAAAAUAACAAAUCCAUGCAAAACACUCUGAGGGAAACAUCCUACAGCUCCACACGAAAAUAUAAUCAAUUGUUAGAAUUCUAUAAAAGAAUUAAAUUGUCUUCUCAACAUAUUAGGCAGCAUCAUGAGCUUUCCCAGGCCAAGAUCAAUGAUCAACAAAAAGAAAUUGCUUUUCUCAAAGCUGAUAAAAUAAGUUUGAAAGAAGAAUUAAGGCGAAAUAAAUUAACAAGAGAAUUGGGAGGAUUGAAUAUCAACGAAACUACGGAAAUGAAUGGAGGAGGAGACGUUGAAGAAGAAAAUAUUAAAGAAGAAUACGAUGAUGCAGUUAAUGCUCUCACUCAUCAAUUAAAGAAAGCAGAUGAAGAGAAAGAAAAAAUGAGGGAAGAUUUUCAAGAUAAAGCUGCAAUUUGGAAAGAACAAUGGGAUCUUCGAGAACAGACUUUCACAGAACAGUACCAACAGGCAAUCAAGCAAGUUGGAUAUCAGUUGAAUGCUAGAGUGGAAGAAGUGAAAAUGGAACAGAAUGCAUUGGUUCUUGAAAAAGAGAGAGAUAAUCUCACACUAAAGACUCAAGUUACCCAACUUAUUGCUGAAUUGAAGGAUAAUGAAAAGUCAAUGUCCAAUAAAGAUUCUGUGAUUUCGAAAUAUCGCUCGGAUUUUGAAAGCAAAGAAAGCAGAGUUUAUCAACUGAGCAAAGAUCUUGAAUCAUUGAAAGACCAAAAGAGGGCGCUCAGUGAAGAAAUGAUCAGAUGGAAGCAGCAAUUUGAAGAUAUGAAACAACAGAAAGAUGAAAAAGAGAAAAGUUUGGAUGAACUGUUUGAGGAAUAUAAUAAAGAGAGAGAACUUAAACAACAACUGGAACAGCAGUUAUUAAAUGAGCAAUCUGGAUUACAGUCUGAGAAGCUUGACAAAGCAUACGCUCAAUACUUAUGUGCUGAAGAAUCUCUGAAACGUAAAAAUGAAGAAAUUACGACAUUGAAGAAGAGAAUGGAUGAAUCUGAAUCACAAAUAAGUGUUUAUAGGCAGCAGGCCUCCAUUUAUGAAAGAGACUUUGUGAUGGAAAGAGAAGCUCGACAGAAAUCACACAGUGAGUGUGAACACCUGAAAGGAGUGGUCGGCCAGGUAAAGGUUUUUUUUAUCUACUAUUGA